AAUUCCUGAAAUUCAACCGGGUCCCGAACAUGGCCUAAUUCUCGCUCAUCUCAUUCGACCCAGUACUCUAUCUGACUUUCUCUCUUCAGAAUUAGCUCCGAGCCAAACCCUAACCAGUUUCGUUCCCAACUGGGAACCGGUGAGAAGCAUUGAGAUUCAUUCAAUCAUCUCUAGUUAAAUGCGUGUUGCUACGCAUUGCGGGGAAGGAACUUCGAUCAACGAUGGAUGCGUGGAACGAAGAUUUUUCGGUGCUGGAGAUUGGGAGCUCCGCGGAAUCGUUCCAGAAGUUUUUGGUUUCGCAGAAAGAGCUCUUCCACAGCCAGAUCGAUCAGUUUCAGGAAAUCGUCGUCACACAAUGCAAACUCACCGGCGUCAAUCCUCUCUCUCAGGAAAUGGCUGCUGGUGCUUUGUCAAUAAAAAUUGGAAAAAGACCGAGGGAUUUAUUGAAUCCAAAGGCUGUAAAUUACAUGCAAUCAGUUUUUUCCAUUAAAGAUGCUAUUAGCAAGAAAGAAUUGCACGAGAUCAGUGCUUUACUUGGUGUCACAGUGACACAGGUGCGUGACUUUUUCAAUGCUCAACGUUCAAGAGUGAGGAGAUCCGUGCAGUUGUCAAGGGAGAGGGUAUUGAGUUCUAAUUCUUGUGAAGAACCUCAUGAUGAUCAAAUAAACUCUGAUCCUAUGAGACCAAUAAAUCCAACUCCCUUAAACUCUGCUGGCCAGUCCAAUACUGAAGAAGCUUCUUGUUCGACACAGGAAGUGGCUUUGCCCGACCUAGAUGACUCAGAUAAACAAUUUGUUGAUAACAUUUUUAGUUUAAUACAAAAAGAGGAGACAUUUUCUGGGCAGGAGAAAUUGAUGGAGUGGAUAUUGACAAUACAGAAUUUUUCAGUAUUGUUGUGGUUUUUGAGCAGAGGGGGUGGAAUGAAUUUAGCAACUUGGUUGAGUAAGGCAGCUGCUGAAGAGCAAACAAGUGUCCUUCUUCUUAUCUUGAAGGUUCUUUGUCAUUUGCCUUUACAUAAAGCCAUUCCCAUGCACAUAUCAGCUAUAUUGCAGAGUGUAAAUAAACUACGGUUCUACAGGACAUCAGACAUAUCAAAUAGGGCAAGGGUUUUGCUGUCAAAGUGGAGCAAACUAUUUGCAAGGAACCAAGUAAUAAAGAAGCCCAAUGGUGUUAAGAUUUCUAUUGAUGGUCAUAAAGAGAUGAUGCUUUCUCAGAGUAUUGGUCAAUUCAUGGGCUCUGAAUCAUGGCAUUCAAAUAUUGAUGUUCCUGAAGACAUUCUUGCUCUCUCAAGCGAAUGUUCGGAUAAUUUCAGGAAAAUGGGAUCUCCACAAGGUGUGAAAUUGUUGCCUCCCAGCUUGGAUGAUUCUAAUAAAAAGUCCUCUCUUGGUGUAUCUUCAUCUCAAUCUAGAGAACGCAGAAAAGUGCAACUGGUGGAACAGCCGGGUCAAAAGUCAGUGAGCAGAAGCUCACAAGUGACGAGAGCAGGGCCUGUAAGUCAAGGCCGUCCCAUGUCUGUUGAUGAUAUCCAGAAAGCAAAAAUGCGUGCUUUAUUUAUGCAGAGUAAGUAUGGGAAAUCUGGUUCAAAAGAGAGUAAAGAAACAAAGAUUGAUAGUCCAAAUAAACAACCUCAGACAAACCCUGCCAGUAUUGCAGCUUGCUCUUCUAAAGUUCCUACUCCACCCAAAAUUGAAGAAAACAAGAAACCUUUGUUACUUACCUCUAAAACCACUAAUAGGCUGGAAGCUUCUUAUUCAAAACCAAAAAUGGAUGUGAAGGAACCUCUCUGGGAGAAGUGCAAGAGGGUUCAGAUCCCAUGGAGAACACCAGCAGAAGUGGAACUUAAAGACACCUGGAGAGUUGGUGGCGGCGAAAAUAGCAAAGAGGUUGAGGUCCAGAGAAAUAGAAACCGCAGGGACAAGGAAAUUAUAUACAAGACUGUCCAAGAGAUGCCACCUAACCCCAAGGAGCCUUGGGACCUUGAAAUGGACUAUGAUGACACUUUGACGUUGGAAAUUCCUAUUGAACAGCUACCAGAUGGUGAUGGUGCAGAUAUAGCAAUUUCUCCCAAUCAGGUUGGAACUCAUACUGUUCAAGGGGUGGCCUCCACUUCUUCAACCGGUGUGGCUACUGCUGAGCCUGAUUUAGAAUUGCUUGCUGUACUGCUAAAAAAUCCGGAGUUGGUAUUUGCCUUAACUUCUGGACAAGGUGGUAGCAUACCGAACCAAGAAACUGUGAAGCUGCUUGACAUGAUCAAGAGUGGAGGUGUGAACUUGGGUUUAAGUGAAAAUACAAAUGGAAGUUAUGGCACGAGUGUGAAGUCCCCGGAGAAGGUGGAAGUUUCUCUCCCAUCCCCAACCCCCUUGAGCGAUCCAAGAACGAGUGGAUGGAGCUCAGAAGCAUCAAAAAAUCCCUUUUCACGGCGAAGUCUAGCACCCGAUAGAAUUACACAGAACCAUGCUGCAGUGGCAACUACCAACUUAUUAUCUCAGAUUCCUAUAACUGGCACUACAGUAAGGCAACAGCCAACAGUUGUGGUUCCAUCUUCGAGGCAUCUUACAAGCACAUCAGUUUCUCCAUAUUCUCUGCCUCAUGCAACUAAUGUUAUUCCUGAAAAGCCAUCACCACUGGGGCAAGUACAAACAUCCUCAGAUGUAGGUUUAACCAUGAAGAACUUAACCACCGCAAAUGCAUCUUCAGUUAACUUUCCUGGCACACAUUCAACUCUAGCAUUGCGGGGUGAUGGCACCAAUUACGUAAAACCUGUACCUAAUUUGAGUGUACAACAUGAGGGUUUGUCUAAUUCAUUCCGACAACCCUUCAUGCCACCCUCACCAACGCCAUCACAUUCAUCCUUACAGCAACAAAGACAUCAACAUUUGACUCAGGAAGUCCAUUACACUGAACCUCCAUAUCGUAACCCUGGCCGAUCCUACCCGCCACAAAUCGAAAAAUCAGAUCAUGGGUCUGAUAAUAUGUGGAGAGUUAGGCAGGAUCAUGUGUCAUCCAGUUAUCAUUCUCAGCGAAAUCAUAACAACAACUAUAACACAAUGGUUGGGGGAUCCAGGCAAUCUGGUUUUUGGGAUAGAAAUAAUCAUGCAAGGGGAGAAUUUGAAUCAUGGAGUCCGGAGAAUAGUCCAACUAGAAAUCCUAGGUAUGCACCAGGUAGAAAUUACCCAGAGUCCAGAAUGAAUCAUGGUAGAAAUCCUAGACCUGAAUGGUCAAGGCAGAGGGGUUCUUCUGGACACUGGGACCCGGGCAGGCAGGGAAAUAGAAAGUGGCAUGAUCAGAGACGAUGAUGAGUUUUCUGUUCAGAUUGAUUUGGGAUUUUUUAUCCGACUCAUUAAUUUUCCGGAUGUAGAGUUGGAUUGGAUUCUGAUAGCAAUGACAUUUCCUUUUUUGGGUAUUGGAGAGUGGAGAUGGAUCUAAACCUCAACAGUAUGUUACAUCUAAGUGCGGUUGCACACUUGCUGUAUCUAGAAUGUCAUGAGUUUGACUUGUCAAUUGUAGAAAAAACAAAAAACAAAUAUACAUUAAAAUUUACCAGAAAAGGAUUGAUUUUGCCGCA